GGUAGUUCUGCUGCUGUUGACGAAACAUCAAUAUCUCACAUUCCAGUGCUUUCAGGGUUUAAUGUCCCCAAAUUAGUUCUACAAGUGGUGUCUGUUGAUUCUAUUUUCCGUAUAACAAGUCCAAGCUUUAAUGAGCUUGUCAUUCUCAAGGAUACUGCUUUUUCUGUCUACAAUAAAGCUCGGAGAAUUUCACGAGGAGUGCCUAAUGAUGCAUUUCUGUCAUCAUCUUUAUCCAGCAGAUCCUCUUCAGCGUUGACACCAAUGAGCUCUAUUUCAGGAAUCUGGAAAGACUGUGUUGGUUCUCGAAUGACAGGUUCUACACAUCCUAGAGAUGGUGAAAUGGAUGUUAGCUUGAGAACGGGUGGUUGGGAUACUUCCUGGCAAAUACCAAGAUCUGGAGGAUUAAGCUGCGAUCCAAACAGAAAUGGGGAUUUUUACCUAAAUGAUGAAAUUUUCUAUUUAUUUGAACCACUUUUCAUUCUUUCUGAGCCUGGUUCUGUGGAGCGUGGAGUUUCACCUACUUUUGGCGGCUUGGGAUCUGAGUCUUCAAAGCCA